GGUUCAGAACUAGCGUUUAGAGUUUUGCUUUUAUUGCGGAAAUCCCAACCGGAAGUUUCACUCGAUUCGUGCCGUGCCCGUUUGAGUUGUAACACCUUUACACUCAAAGACUUCAGUCACGUCAAACUCCUGAAAGCUGCAGAGAAAUGGACGAGAGACCAGACUUUCUUGGUUCAUGUGAUCCUACCAUACCAGAGGAGGGACCGUCAGCGCCCCCACCUGGCUGGUUGGACGAUGUACAUGGAUACCAGGGCCACAAAGGAGGAGAGAAUGAUAACCCGUUGUAUCCUCCUCCACCUGCGUAUAACCCCACGCCUGAACUGGACAGGAACACGUCUGUGCCCAAUGUCAGGGUCCCUAUAGUGUCAGAGGAUGUGGCCAGAGAGGCCUUGCUCAAGUAUGUGGAAUCAAAAUGGAAGUACAGCGCGAAACCUGCCAGAAACCUCACCUUCAAGGAGCUCAAACCCGUCACCGUGUACAGGUAUCGACUGGAGACCUACACCGAGACGAGGACCAGCUCCUGGCAGUUUGAGCACUACAAUGGACAGCCGGUGGACGGUCCCCAGUACGGGGUGAGUCCUGCACCCUGGGACAUUCCUGUAGUGUUACCUGAGAGAUUCACUGACAGGGUGGAGCAGCUCCGCGUGCCGCACUCGUCCGUCAUCAAGGUGUGUCACAAGUGUCACGGCUGUGGAAGGACUCGCUGUGGUAGCUGCUUCGGUAAAGGCCAGAGUCGUUGCUCUAGCUGUCAUGGCAGCGGUUUCAGAAAUAAGCCGGGCAAUCACAAGAACUCUGGGAGAACGCGUUGUACUUUCUGUCACGGGAGAGGCCGUAGGAGGUGUAUUUCCUGUCAGGGCCACGGCUUCAAGACCUGCACUGUUUGUCACGGCAGCCAAAACCUGCUGCACUUCAUCCUGCUCACAGUGACAUGGAAGAACAACGUUGAGGAUUUCAUUCCGGACCGUCAGCCCGACUUUCCAGACAAGAAGUUUGAGGGGGUGACGGGAGAUCCUUUCUUUGUGGAUGAAAACGUUCUGGUGUAUCCUAUCCAGGGCUUCCCCGAUGACGAAAUCUGUGCUGUUUCUAGAACCAUGAUAAACCAACAUCUCAAUAAAUUCAGCUCCACCAGCCGCAUCCUGCAGCAGCGUCAGACCAUCGAGAUGGUUCCUCUGACUCACGCUUAUUACACCUACAGCGGGAAAGACUACAGCUACUUUGUCUACGGGACGGAGAACAAAGUGUUUGCCGCCAAAUAUCCCACAGCGUGCUCGAUUCUAUAAACAUCACGUGCUUUGUGUGUCCUGUGCUCAGGACGGCACAUGUUCAGCUGUGGCCCAGACUGUACCAACACGUAGGCCUCUAUACAGGCAGUGUAUCACAGAGAUGUUGUAUUGUGUUAAUAUUGGACCAGUUUGUUUACAAUAGUCCAUCAGAAUUAACGUCAUAUAUUCACCGGUGUAAUCCUCUGAGUCUGCAGACAUCAGUGGUUCCGUUGGUACCUUCAAACUGUUCAUCCCUUUGAACGAGUAGAUAUAACGUUUCUUUAACAUGAGGGGCUGAAGCUGCAGGUUUUCAGAUAAUCGGCCGCAGUAGCUCAGUCUUUCGGGACUUGGGUUUGUGCAUGUGUAUAUUUCAGCCUAUGAGUGUGUCGCAUGACUUAGGCUACAGAGUGUAAAAACGGAAUUUCCCCUUGCGGGAUCAAUAAGAGUAAAUCUUAAUCAUUUCAGAUUUUUAAUUUCCCAUUUCCUGUAAACGACGUGUGGUUACAUCACCUGACCACCGAUGUAAAACCGGGAUAUGAGUUUGGGGCAGUUGGGGCCUUUUUACAGCACCCAGGACGUGCCGGUGUUACGGUUUAAAUAGUGACCGUGUUAAGUGGUGACUUUCAGCCUGAAUGCGUCUGUGGUUGUCGGACGUUAUGUGUCCAAAUAACGGCCUCUUUGUUUAGUUUUUUAUUAAAUACAUAUCUAAUAAGUAUGUAUGACAUUAUGAUGACACAAAAACUGAACAUGGAGGUAUUUGUUUGGACACUUUCAGUCGUGUUUGUCUGAAAGUCGUCAGUUAACACGGUCACUCUUUUGGCUGUAACACCAGAAUGUCACUUUACUGAUGUUUAAAUGUAGAGGAGACUCUCUCUACCUUACAUCGAUGUAGGAUGAAAGUCUGCAAAAGGAUAGACACAUUUAUAUGUGUGUCUGUGUCGAUAAUGCUGCUGUUUGGGAAGUGAAGGGCAAGAAAUUCUUCAUCAUCAAAGCAGAAGUUAAGAGCGAAUUAGCUAACAUUUGCUAGUUUACAUUAGCUAACAAUAGUAGCUGGAUCUCUGUCAGCUGUCACUGUUUGUUAGUGUUCUAGGGGAAAUAUUGUUAGUACAGGAAUAUCUAUAUCAAGUGAACACAAUGUAUUUUUUAAAGGUUUAUUUUUGGGCUUUUUAUGCUUUUAUUUAGAGACAGGACAGCGGAUAGAGUCAGAAAUUGGGGCGAGAGAGAGAGUGUGAG